AUAUUUGACAGGAGUAUUGCACCUUUUCCGUUCUGAGUAACUAGUUUAUUGGGCGUGCCUUAUCAAAAAGAUAGAAAAGCUCUCCGUUGCCCGAAUACAAACAGUUCAAGUGAAGUAUUCGUUCAAUUUCUGAUACAAUGAAAACAAUUAUGGAAACAUCCAAUUCUCCGGCGUCUUCCUUCCUCUCCGACCAUACACACACAAUUAUGCCGUCAUUGCCGCAAUUGCUUUCAGCUCGGAUGCUCCAUUUUCCCAAGCUCUCUACAACUUCUUCUGAAUCCAAUUCCACUAAACAAUUAAAAAAAAUCAGCCCUGCUACUUCAGUUCGCCGUGCAGAUUCUGGCAGGAAAAAACAGAAGUUGAAUUUGGAAGUUUCUUCUCAUAGAGCUGUGUCUGCUGUGAGAUUAAUGCGUAUAGAGCUGGGUGGUGCGUUUGCUGAUCUUCUUAAUGAGCAAGGGAGGGGUUCAGGGGAUAAUGAAAUGGGAUAUGUCGAAAGAACUCUUGGCUUUCGUACUCGUCGCUUAGAUGACAGAGAUCUAAGACUGGUCACAGAGGUCGUUGGAGGUACCAUUCGCUGGAGAAGAUAUCUUGAUCACUUGAUUCUUUCUCUAUGCCACGAUGAGCGCAUGUUCAGAAGAAUGGAACCUCUUCUACUACAGAUUCUUCGAAUUGGUUUCUAUGAGAUCACCAAAUUAGACGUGCCACCUUAUGCGGUUGUAGACGAGUGUGUAAGGCUCUCAAAGGUUGCUCUUAGACCAGGAGCCGGUAACUUGGUUAAUGGGAUUCUCAGGAAACUAGCAGUCCUUAAGGAGAGUGAUUCCCUUCCGGCAGUGAAAGUGGACGGUGAUGAUCGUCAACAAGCACGUGGUCUUGCCAUUCUUUACUCUCAUCCAGUUUGGAUGGUAAGAAGAUGGACAAAGUAUUUUGGACAGGAAGAUGCUAUUAAGCUUAUGACAUGGAAUAACAGCUAUCCCAGUUUCAGUCUAAGGGCAAAUAUCGGGAAAGGUUUGACUGGGGCUGAUCUCGUCUCAAGGCUUAAAAUGUUGAAGGUCCCACAUGAGCCUUCUCUAUACUUGGAUGAUUUUGUUCGUAUAAAAACUGGAAUGCAGAGUGUUAUACAGGCUGGGUUACUAAAAGAAGGCUUCUGUGCAGUCCAGGAUGAAAGUGCCGGAUUAAUAGUCUCAAUUGUUGAUCCACAACCUGGUGAGAACAUUAUUGAUUGUUGUGCUGCUCCAGGAGGGAAAACAUUGUUCAUGGCAUCCCGUUUGAACGGCCAAGGUACCUUAUUUGCCGUUGACAUAAAUGAAGGUCGAUUGCGGAUACUCAGAGAGACAGCCAAGUUGCACCAAGUUAUUGAUGUUAUCAGUACUAUCCAUGCUGAUCUUCGAACGUUUUCUACAUAUAAUGUCGUGGAAUGGGAUAAAGUUUUGCUUGAUGCACCUUGUUCAGGGCUUGGUGUUCUUUCAAAGCGAACAGAUUUGCGUUGGAAUAGGAAACUGGAAGACAUGGAGCAACUUAAACAUUUACAGGAUGAGCUUCUCGAUUCAGCUUCCAGGUUGGUGAAACCAGGAGGAGUGCUAAUAUACAGCACAUGUUCCAUUGACCCUGAAGAGAAUGAGGAAAGAAUUGAAGCUUUUCUUCUUAGGCAUCCAGAAUUUGACAUUGAUCCUGUGAAUAAAUAUGUACCGGAUAAUUUUGUUACUAAACGAGGUUUCUAUAUGUCUAAUCCUGUGAAGCAUGACCUUGAUGGAGCCUUUGCAGCUCGUCUGGUUAGGUCUGAAUAAAUCGAGAAUGAGGCGCAUGUUUCAGUUUUCACAAAUUUUUAGUAUGUCGUCAAAAAGCACCUUUAGGACAGAGGGUUUUUUUCCACAGACAACCAAGUUGUUGCUUUUUAUGCCUUCUCUUUCAACAUGAGAGUCCAGACCAUCUCUUGUAACGUAUUUCUCAGGUAGAGUGGAUCAUCAGUUUAAUAUUCAUGAAUUCCUGCUUGACUUAGUUCUUCUGUAAAGCAAGCUUGGGUCAAAAAAAGCAUUGUUGAAUUGUAUGGCCAACUCAUAAAACUCAAGGUGUUACAGAGAGACUUGAACCCAGGACCUCUACUUCCUCCAGUACCAUGUUGAAUUGUGCAACUAACUCAUCUAAAAGUUUAAGCUAUUAUUGAGCCACACAUUUAUUUACUUAA